UGCUUUUGUCUUGACCACACCCUUAAUACCCAAGGGAAAGAAACAUUUUCUUUUGAGUGCUUUCUUCAACAAUCUCUUUUAUAGUAAUUUUUCUUUUCAAAAGAAUUAGUUUUGGACGUGUAUUGUUAAAGGAAAAAGGCUACUUUGGAAUAUUUGUUAAAUCAUACAUUCAUGUUUUCUAGAGGCAUUUUGAGAUCGGGAUUUAUACCAAAAUGGAGUGUGGUUCGUCCUCAAAGUUUAAGUAGUAUUUUUUCCCGAAAUGUUAUGAACAUCUAUCCAAAGGAGAAUGGCCAUACUUGCGAAUUAAGCUCUUCGGCUCAAGACGUUGAUUCAUUCUUCAACCGUGUAUUUGGAAGUAAGAACUACAUUCCAACCCGAGAAUUGAAAGAGCAAAUAUUCACUCACAAAUCUUACAAACAAGGAAGUGUUGCUUAUAAUGAACCUCUUGUUUCACUUGGAGUCGCGGUCGUUGACGUAUCUUUGAUGAAUCACUUUUUAAAGAAUGGAAAUGUAAGCAAUGUUCCAAAAUACUCAGAUAUAACAAAAUUCCGCUCUCCACGGAGAAUCACUUUGGCUACAAAAGAUUGGGAACCUGAAUCGGCGGUUCGCUGCAUGCUUCCUCUGCUUAAUGGGAAGACUAAUGAAAAGCCACCUCUAGAUAGAGUUCUGAGCACUACAAUUUUCAGUCUAGUUGCAGCUAUUUAUUUACAAAAAGGAGGACAAGAGGCUCUAAAAUUUUGUGAUGAACAUUUGGUAAACCAGUUGAUUCAUCAGAAUGAACACGUUGAAAAAUAGGAUUCCGCAUUCUACUUACUAUCAGAAAAAAAACCCCUUUUACAAUAGCUUUACCCUUCAUUUAAUGCAACAGCUUUACUUUUUACCUACUAGUCUAGUUCAGUCUUCCCGAAGUACGUUUUAUUCCAUUGAUGCUCCGAAUUUAUAUUAAUAAUACAUUUCUUUGGUCAUUCAUCCUUAUCCAUCAA